AUGGAGAAUGCAGUUACAGAAGUGACUGUUGUUAGUGGCGUGUCGGAGAGCAAAUCUCUAAAGAAUUUUGAAACAUAUUUUGCGAAUUUCAGCCUUACAUCAACGAAAAUUAAACUCUUGAGCGCAUUUGCACUCGGAUCAUUUUUCGGCUGUGCUUUACGAUCCUCAUACCAGCACACUAAAGGUCAACAACUGAGAAACAUUCGGAGUGGAUUUGCACUUGGAGUACGUGCACUCGGUAUCGCCACGAUUUUGUCGGUAUCCGGUGUUGGUUUAUUUAUUGUAUCUGUAUCCGCAGCACUCCAAGUUGAUUCCCCGCAACAGUUUGGCCACAAGAUGGUCAGUUUGUGUGGCAACCGUUUCCGUAUUAACAGAGGAGAAAGUGUUACUACGUUUUCUGAGAUUCUCGAAACGGCAAAUAAUUCCACGGAAGAAAAUUAA